AUGAUGUGGUAUUGUUAUUAUGAGCUUAAAGUAUACGGAGGAGUUCCAUAUUACAUUCAGGCAAUUUCUCAGGAGAAUAUCGCUGUAUUGACAAGUCAUGCGGCGCCGGUCGCCACGACUUCUCCAAAAAAAAUGCGUGAUGAUUUGGUUAUGGAUGAUGGUUGGGUUUAUGUUGAAGAAGCUGCGGAUGCCUUGUCAGGAAGGUCGUCACCAGUUAUGGUGCAGAAUUAUGACUUAGAAGAUUGCUCAAGCACUGCUUCGAGCGAAAAUUCAAAGCUGGUUUCGGCUUCUUUGGCGAAGUCUCAUCUUCAGCAUCUUGAAUCUGUACAUAGAGCUAAAUUUUUGGCGGCAAAGAAGGCACAAUUAGAACAGAAGUUAUUCGAAGAUGUACCGUGGACAGGAAAAGGGAAAGAAGAAGACGUUCGUUUGAAGGCGUCAAAUAACACUAAUUUUUCUGCUUCAAAGAUGAAAAGAUCGACAGCUGCGGGACACGUUGCUUCUGAACCAAAAAUUAGACAACGUUCUAAAAGAUCCGGGAAGCUUUUCUCAGGACGCAACAACGAUCGUAAAUGCAACAAUCUUAACUAA